CCGCCUCUUAAAGAAGCACAAGAUGUCGUAGUUACUCGAACACCGCACUUUUUUUGUUUUUACUGCGCAGCUUCUUUUGUUGGUGCAGAUACAUCAGAUACAAACUGCCUUUACUCCAGGUCCACGUAUUGAGAUGAUCUAUUUUUGUGAUGGCGAAGGGUCUAUUUCCACGGGCCUGGGUGAAAAAGUCUUUCUACUUCCAGGCUCGGAUCUCCUUUGUGCGGGUGAAGUACCUGUUCCUCACAUGGCUGACUGUGCUGGUGGGGAGCUGGGUGCUCUACGUGCAAUACUCUGCCUACACAGAGCUGUGCAGAGGACACGAGUGCAAAAACGCUAUUUGUGAUAAAUACAGGAGAGGAAUCAUCGAUGGCUCUGCCUGCCGUAGUCUGUGUGAUAAAGAAACACUCUACAUGAGCAGGUGUCUGUCAACACUGCCAAACAACCAGGUGUAUACAGGAAGUUGGGGAGACCAUGAUGGGAUUAUUCGCUGUAAGUUGGGGGAAGUUGUGCACUAUGAGCUGGGCGAGGAGCUGGAGCCACGGAGGGAGGCCCCCGUGUUUGACAAGCCCACCAGAGGCACAUCAGUGGAGAAGUUCAAAGAGAUGGUCUUUAAUCACCUCAAGUCCAAGCUUGGAGAGCAGGCUAACCUCGCCAGCCUGGUCAGCCAGAUCCUCUCUGUCGCCGAUGGCAACAAAGACGGACGGGUGUCACUGCCAGAAGCCCGCUCUACAUGGGCCCUCCUACAGAUGGACGAGGUGCUGCUGGGCCUGCUGCUCCAGGACCGUGGACACACUCCUCGCCUCCUGGGCUACUGCGGGGACCUCUACAUGACGGAGCGUGUCCCCUACGGGCCCCUGUACGGUCUGUCUCUACCCUGGCCGCUUGUAUCCUGGGUGCCUAGUGGAGUACAGCGCACUAUGGACCAGUGGUUCACCCCCUCAUGGCCUCGCAAAGCUAAGAUCUCCAUGGGCCUGCUGGAGCUGGUGGAGGACAUCUUCCAUGGCACCUACGGCAGCUUCCUGAUCUGCGACCUGGCAGCGGCACACUUUGGUUACACUGACCACCACGAGCUCCGCCUCACUAACGCUAGAGCGGUGGUUCCUGAGGAUGAGUUCAGACGCACCAUGCGAGCACUCAAGUGUGAGACAGAUGCCGACUGCCUGUAUGGGGUGGACUGCCAGACGUCCUGCGACGUGUCAGAGAAACGGUGUAGGGAGGAGCCGGUCCAGCCAAAUUUGGCAAAAGCAUGCAGCACACUGAAGGAUUACCUCCUGCGUGGGGCACCGUCAGCACUGAGAGAAGAACUCGAGAGGCAGCUGUACGCCUGUAUGGCUCUAAAGGGUAAUGCUGGACAGAUGAACAUGGAGCACUCACUUAUCCUCAACAACCUGAAAGCUCUGCUGUGGAGACAGAUCUCACACACCAAGGACUCGUGACAAGGAGAGGAAGUCCUUCUCAAAUAAUACCAGUCAGCUCUUCAGAUGGAGCUAAGUGGUAAUAAUGCUGUGAUACAACAUGUAAGAGUAGCAAAUUUAAUGAAGUCGUUUUUAUCAACUGUCAACACUAAUGAAUGGACAGACCGAUGGAGACUCUACCUCCUCUAUCCCAAUCUCAGAAUUCCAGUUUCAGAAGUUCGGGGGCUGGAAAAAAUGUCUGAGUACUUUGAGAUGUUGAAAUUGAAAGAUUGCAUGUUGCCAUCAGUCACACUUAAAAUAGUUCUUUCAACCACAGUGUAUUGUAUUGUAUUGUUCAUUACAGAGGAAUGUUUCGGGGGCACUGCUGGAAAAACAAACUUGUAAACAGUGUUUUACUCUUGUUAGUCUCUGUGCGCUGGAAGACUAAACAGCUAUUUCUCUGGCAAAAAUCAUGCUGUUAUGUCCGGGCCAACAUGGCUCAUCGUAGAGAAGCUGAGGAACACAAGGAUUAUGAAGGAGUGAUUAUAGCUAUAAAAAGCUCCAGUUUACAAUGGAAUGAAAUUAGGGCUGCAACUAAGAUUAUUUUCAUAACUGAUUAAUCAUUUUGAUCUAUUUCCCUGAGUCCAGGUGACGUCUUCACAUUGCUCGCUUUGUCUGACCAACAGUCCAACACCAAAGAUAAAUUUAUAACAGAGGACUGAGAAAAACUGUAAAUAUUCACAUUUGAGAAGUUGGGACCAGCAAAUCUUUGGCACUUAUGCUUAAAAAAAAACUUAAAUGAUUUAUUCAUAAAUUAUCAAAAUAGUUACCAAUUAAUUGACUUUUUCAUCUCCAAAUGAAAUUGCACUAUUUUAUGUUAUUUGUUAUAAAAUUCCCCAAAUUUCCUUCCUCCAAGCUCGCUUUUCAAACUAAGCUGUGAGCUAAAAUGGGAUUUUAGGACUUAAAGAUGCUAUUGAGCACUGUACAGAUGGGUGAAAAAUGAAAGGAGAAACUUUUAAAUGAGUGUGGAAACAUGAAUGCAGAUGCUUCCAUUCAGAGCACAAGUGGUCAUGGAGUAGUUUAAUAAGCAUGAAAAAGAUGUGAAUCAUGUGCUACAGCCUUUACAAUCACCAGAUCUCAACCCAACUGGGCACUUAUGGACGACUUCAGACUAACAUGUUAGUCAGCAACACCAAAUGAAGGAGUAUUGGAAGAAUGGCAAGAAUUCAUCCUUUUCCUGGAGCACUGAAGCUGUUAUGAGAAUCGUGGUGGAUUUUCCUCUCAUUUGUCAUCCAUCGGAAUGAUAACAUGUCGGGUCAGUAGCUUAAAAAUGGACAACAUGAAGGUAUUUGUCAGUAUUAGUCAGUAUUCUUCACUAUGCUGUAAAGUCUCUACACUUGUAACCCUAGUGACAUCAUCAAUGCUGCAUCACUGACACGAAGAGAAACGUUAAUGUAUAUUUGUGAAUGUUACCUACUUGUAUUUUUUUUUCUCUAGAAAGAGGAUUUGUGGUAAUGUACUAUAAUCAUGUUAUUUUUGGAUUUCACCUGUCACAGUGCCAUAAGAGAAAACGCUGAAAUCAUUUUUAUGAAUGUUAAAGCACCAUUGAAGGUGGUGAUCUUUAUCAAAUUUUGUGAAUGCUGUAGAAAAUGACUUUUCAUGAUCCCUUCCAGAUGUCGCUGAUAUGAAGUGAAUGAGUAGCGACUUGUUUAACCACUUAAAAACAGACAUGGACCUGUAAUUUCCAGAAAACUGAGCAAGCGUGUGGUCAACACUGCUGUUUGAAUUUUAAAAAUGUUUUAAAAAAAAAAGUGUUUACUUAUUGAAGAAACCAGCAUGAUUUUGCACAAUUAAAACUGCAUACCACUUCACUGUAACUUGUCAAAUCUGUCAAAUACACUACUACACCAUAAGCCAUCAUACUUUGAGUUGUUGUGUGGAUUAAAAGAUUAUGACUGUCAA